CACUUCCGGUGGUAGUGUUUCCUGUCACUGUUUGUAAACUGAGAAAAAAAAUUGGAACUGCGACAAGAAAUAAUCGUUUUCUACAUUCUUAAAAUCGAAAGCCUGCAGCCGGUGAGGGAGGCGUUAUUAUGAGGCUUUGUCCCCUGAUGAUUUGGGGGGGGUGUGGUCUCAUCUGUCACCCCUUAUCCUGAGUGAAGCCCCCUCUGUCCCCUCAAACAUACACGCAUUCAAACCACGGCGAUGACACACCAUUCCAACAAUUCAGUUCGAGACCAUAUGAAAUGGGCUGGGUUGCUGGGGUGCGAGGCGGUGCUGUCCAGCAUGGCCUUGAUGCAAGCCAACAACAUCCCAGGCCAGAAGAAGAUCAUGUCCGGCUUGGGUCAGGGCAACAGAACCAGUCCUGAGAGCCACCAGGCCCACUCGCAGCACAGCCAAAACCACCGUGGCCACCAGGUUCACCAUGGACAAGCCCACCACAGCCACACUGGAGACCCCUCAGGUGGAAGCUGUCCACCCCUGCUAAUCAGAAAAGACGGGGAUUAUCACACAUCAAGGAUGCUUGACAGUAAAGACGUGCAGACAAACCAGAAUAUGCAACCCAAGAAGAAACACAAAAAAUCUGGGUCAUCCAACAAAGUUAAAGAGAAAGUUGAGCAUAUACUUCCACCACUGAAUAUGGAUGAUGACUUCUCCUUGAAAGUCCAGAAGAAUUUUAUCUGUGAUCACUGCUAUGGGGCUUUUCGGAGCAGCUACCACCUCAAGCGGCAUAUUCUCACACAUACAGGGGAAAAGCCAUUUGCUUGUGAUGCGUGCGAUAUGCGGUUCAUUCAGCGUUACCACUUGGACAGACACAAGAGGGUGCACAGUGGAGAGAAGCCUUAUCAGUGUGAUCGCUGCCAUCAGAAUUUUUCUCGGACAGACAGGCUGCUGAGACAUCGUCGACUGUGUACAGUUGGGAUUGGUAAAGAGGAAAACCAGUACUCCCAGGAUGCAUCUGCCCAUCCAGCUUCCUGGAGCCCCCUACAGCCUUCCAGCAACCGCCUGACUGUCUGACCUUCGGCUUUCUUACAGCAGUGUGCAGCUUAGCACCACCUACUGGAGUUUGAUCUGAAAGUAGUCUCAGCUAAAGACAAGCAAACUUUAGUUUCCUCUUGCCAGCUCAUCUGUAGAGCUUGGUAGUGGAAUUUUGUCUUUUUUUUCCUUUAUAUACUGUUACAUUCAUGCAAACCGAGGGGGAUGGAGUAAUUUGGACGUCAUUAAGGCAAUAACUGAGCUGUCACAUUCAUCCAUCCGCUGAGUUCUGAAAAGUUGCAGGUAUUUUAAGUGAAGUCACUGUCCCGAUAUUUUUUUUUAUUGCAUGGACAGUCAGAGUAAAGUGCAACCCCAUAUCUGUCUGUUACCAGACGUGGCAUUUUCACUGAAGAACACACUUCAAAACAUUACAACCUUUAAUCCUGUUUGUGCUGUAUUCUUUAUGCCGCUAAUCACUAGCCUGAUACUGCUCACAAGCAAUAUAUAAAAACUUAUUCUGGACUGUUCUGCCUCAAACAAUAAUUACCCAACGAUAAACUACUGUACGUCAAUCAAACAUACACUAAUCUAAAAUGUAAAGGCUCUUAAAAAUGUCAAGCUAGUCAUUGAUUUUUCUCGUCUUUGAAGAUCAUUUUCCCAGACACACAUUUUAAAGGGAGCUAAAGUAACUUCUUUGUACCUGCUCAUCAGCUAGCUGUAAACCUUGAUGAGCAGCUACACCUUCAUAGUUAUGUGAAAAUCUCAUAGAAAAACACUUAAGAUUAAACUUUGAAUUAAUUUUGGUAUUUAUUUAGUCGCAUAUUAAAAGCUGGCAAACCUACUUACAUUUCUUCCUUGUUUUAAAGGGAUUUGACUCUUAAUAGUUUCCAUUGUUAGUUAUAAUAGAAGGCUGACAGGUUUUAAAGGAGCCCAGAUAUUUUUAAGUCUGUGAAUAGUGACCUUUCGGAUAUAGAAAUCACCUCACUGUUGCACAAAGUGUUUCUCAAAGUGCUUUCGUAAAACUACAUUUUGUCUUUUCUUGCUCAAUAAUCAUCAAUUCCAUUUAGUUUAAAAGAGUGUCAUCCCUUCUAAAAGUGCUUAGGUAAGUGGGGUUGGGUCCUCUUAGAAAAAGUCCUUAAAAAAUUGAGUUAAAUUUAGUUGGAAAUUGUGCUCACGUAACUGUUUCUACACUACUGGAUAAAAUAAAUUUUAUGUCUAGUUCUGGGAACAUUCUCUCUUUUUUGUGUUUAUUUGAACAACACAGAUCAAACCAAUCAUUUCAAAUCAUGAACUGCCUCAGCCACGAAUUUGACCGCUGUCUGACUGAAUGUGUGUUGAUUGCAGUGCCACUUCAUUUUAUGUCCCAUUCACACCGAGCAUCUUCAGGGAAGAUGGAUUAUUGUACUUUGUUGACUGGGAACUUGUUCAUGCCUGCAUAAAGUUAAAUAUGACUGUAAGCACUGAACUAAAGAAGUAAGUUCAGUUGUAGAGAAAAGUUUAAACCGUUAUUUAGCUUAAAAAUGUAUAAUUAUAGACGCAUAGUUAUGUUGCUGUCAAGCUUUUAGAUUAUGUGAGAGAAGUUUGGAGCCCGUUACUGACUGUCUACUGUUAAUGAAGUUAAUAUAUAUUUAAACUGUCGUAGGUGUAGAAAAUAGUAUGUGGGAACUAAACUCCGAAAGCAAAUCAUUGUUUUUGUUUUUUUUUUGUUUUUUUACAAAGUUAUAAUCCUUAGUACUACGUUGUUGUUUUUUUGACACCUGAAAAGACCAUGGCAAGCCUGGCUUUCUGUUUGGAGAAAUGUAAGAAGUUGCCACAAGUAUCAUUUUUAGUAUAGCAGCAAUGAUUAAUUAGAAAAUUCUUAUUUUUAUACUUGCAUGUAUUUGUUAAAUAAGCUUGUAUAACUUUGGUUUUGGUCCGUUUUUCUCUUUCUUUUAUUUUCUAAUGAAGGCCUUAACCAUUUUGUCAUGUUAUAAUUGAAGUGAAGUCAGUUUUGACUCAAUCACUUUGUACUGAAUGGAAUUUUAGGGUCACAAUAAAGGAUUUUUUUUCUUUUAA